ACAUAUUAAAAACAGCAACACUGUGCUGUGCUUCCUGGUCGCGCGCGGGGCUGCUAUCCUUGAUUGAACGCUACGCUUUACUGCAACUCGUCCAACAUGGCUGGCCAGGAAGACCCAGUGCAGAGGGAGAUCCACCAAGAUUGGGCGAAUCGAGAGUACAUAGAAGUUAUUACGAGCAGCAUCAAAAAAAUCGCCGACUUUCUAAACUCGUUUGAUAUGUCGUGUCGGUCCCGCUUAGCCACCCUCAAUGAGAAGCUGACAGCCCUGGAGAGGAGGAUUGAAUAUAUCGAGGCGAGGGUGACGAAAGGAGAGACCUUGACCUAGAAGUCAACAUGGGAAUCCAUAGAGUCCCAGAGAUACCUGCCCAACCCCCUCCCUGAAUUUUUUGGAUUAAGUGUGAUGGAUACCACCCUCCUGUUUUGGGACCAUGUGGACCAUUUUUAUAUUAUAUGACUGAGUUUUGUGUUGUUUUAUCUCAUGACACAUUUGUAUAGAAUAUAUGGGUCUGUCUUGGGUUUCAGUGACUCAAGCAUCAUCAACGUUUUAAAACUAUUAAUAAGCUCCCUAAGUACUGGUUUUAAAAAAUAUAUAUAUUGUGGAACUUAAUUAUCAAUCUGGUAUCAGCACAACUUUAUGACCACCUGUGUAUGUAGUGUCAUUACCACAUCAGAGAUUUAUGAAAGGGGAGCAUCCUUUUGUGCCAAGACGUCGAACAAAUAAUUGUGUUGUCAUGUUUGAGGACCUGCGUGUACAGUUAACUGUUUGGUGAGGUUUCCGGAUUUAAAUACUGUAAUAAAUGAUAAACAAUGAA